AAGAUGCCUAUAUGAUGGCAUACAUGCAGUAGUCUAGUACUACUCCUUCUGCCAUAUAUACCCCAUUUCAUUCACACAGACAGUCUCAUUACCAUCAACCUAGCUUAUCGUUUUCCCCCCAACAUCAUGAAGCUGAUCUUUUCAGUCUCUGUCAUUGCAGUCCUCCUCCUCCUACAGGCUUUUGCUGAGGCUUCAUCAACUAAUAGUGCCCCAAGCAGUACUCUUGCUAGUAUUGAUGCUGGCGAAGCGGCAUCUCUUCGUGCUAAACAUCGUCCUCUUGUUAAAAUAAAUUGCAGCUCAGCAUGUUCGAAGAGGUGCAAGAAGGCGUCGCGAAAAAGGAGGUGCACCCGGGCUUGCAAGACCUGCUGCAUGAGAUGCCACUGUGUACCACCAGGUACCUAUGGCAAUAGGAAUGCAUGCCCAUGUUAUGCACGCCUCAGGACCCAUGGAAACAAGCUCAAGUGCCCUUAGAGCAAUAUUAAGCAUUACAAUCUUCCCAUGGAAAUUGGCAUUCAAAAAUAUAUUUGAAUGUAGUAUUCUUAUUACUAUAGGAAUAAAUUAAAUUCAUGAUGAUGAAUAUCAGAGCUAUGCUUUGAGUAAUAAAUGUUGAGGCUGUUUUGGCGAUGGAUGCCAAUCACUUACUCAUAAUUAUGAGUACAUUCUGUAUUUUAUAAAUAAAAGUAUUUCCUUUUGUAUGUUCUUAAUUACCUAA